AUGCAACGCAUCAGAUGCGAAGCCAACACUGACACCCCUGACGACCACGACGCACCCUGUGAUGGUUGCAGAAAGAUCGGCGCCAACUCCAAGAUCCACCGCCUUCCGUGCAAACGGUGGAAGAUCACCGAGGUUAGGCUGUUCAAACCAGGCCAAGUCAAGGGCCUGGAGUGGACAAGGCGUUGGAAGGACACCACGAUGGCGCCUGACAUCUGCCAGUGGGACUCUCCCGAUGUCAAGAUCAUUAGGCUGACCGAGGGUUAUGCGGACGGUGUCCAGUUGCGAGUCCGUCGAUUCGUCAAGCAGAAUGGCGACAGGUUGCACCGCACCUGGUUCGAGAAUGGCGAGGAGCAGCGCUGGUACAUAGAACCGUACGCGCUAGUUGACCUCGAAGGGGCGAGGGCGCAAUACGACAACUACCUGAAGGCGGGGCUGAGUGGGAUGCUGAAGGCGCUGCUUGGUCCGAAGGAGAAACUGCUCUGGAGGACGUAUGAGCACGCCAUCCGGCGACUUAAGAGGCUGGAGACGCCUGAAGAGGAGAAAGAACUAAUCUCCAAGACUCUCGACCUAUGGGCAGCUGUCCGCCUGACGACAAAAUCGUUCCAGAUCAUUGGGCAGGAGACGCUCGGGAUCCAACCCCUCAAAGGAAGCGUCCCUAUUCCGCCUGUGAUGGGAGCGCAGCUCGACUUCAUCCUCCUGAACCAGACGCUGCCCAAGCUUCGAAGGGAAACGUUGGAGUGCUUGCAGAACAUGACGCAGGCGAAGAAGCAGAGGACUUGGCUGACGACGUACCUUGUCACGUUCAUACUACUGCACAACGUGGCCCUUAUCACGGCUCACGACCGUAGCUAUGCCAAGAAACACGGUCUGAAGAGCAACUUUGCCAGGAAGGACAUGGUAGAACAGUACCACUUAGGUGCCAAUAUCUUCCUAGCCUACUAUCAUUACUGCAACAAGGGAGUCUACCCAUUCUCGACGGAAUGCAAGGAUUCUGACCUGCAGAACUUGGCCGAGCUGGACGAAGGGUCGAUUAAUUUCGUCAAGUACACGAGGAAUUAUGCCAAGGAGCACAAGGAUCAGUGGGACGAUCUGCACAUGGCCAAGGACUACGGCAACGACUACUACUUCAUCAGACAGCUGUUCGAGCAGAAUUGGACUCCGCAGUCAACGACUGUCGACUAA